AUGAAAGCGUCGGGUACACUGGUGGCGUCGGUGGUUGCGGCGUCCACCAUGGCUCUUACGACGUCGUCUUCGUCCAACCAGGGGGUUUCUUCUGCGGCGGUGAAGAACGGUGCACAAAACUGUCAAACGGCGUCGGAUAAGGAGAAAUUCGAGCCGAGAUUCGACGGGUUGAGGUUCAUUGAGACGUUGGUGACAGCGCAUAGAUGA